GUGGUUUUUAAAAAGUCUUUCUGGCUUGGGAGCAGAAGAUGGGUUCUUUCGUGCAAGCGAAGGGGACAAAAGAGGGAUGGACCUAACAAUCGGGGAGCAAAAAAGCCUUAAAAACCAGCGCUGCCUGGGUCUCCCAUAGGCUUAUUGGCAGAGGCCGGUUGCAGCCAAGAGGAAAAAGGACUUUAAAGAGAACAGGCACAUGGUUAUGAGCUUCCGCGUCUCAGAGCUGCAGGUGCUUCUGGGCUUUGCCGGGCGGAACAAGAGUGGGCGGAAACACGAGCUGCUCACCAAGGCGCUGCAGUUGCUGAAGUCGGGCUGCAGCUCCGCCGUUCAGAUGAAAAUCAAGGAGUUGUACCGGAGGCGUUUCCCCCGCAAGAUCCUCACCCCUACGGACUUGUCCAUGCUCCACCUCCCAGCUGGGCAGCUGCCCUCGGCCACGGCGUUGACUCAAGGCGCCAUGUGCCACCUGCCUUACGACAACGGAGGGGUGGCCUCCGGAGUGCCGGCUGGCAUGCUGCCUCCCGUGCCGAUGCUGGGGUCCAAACACGAGGCCGACGUGCCUCACCUGUCGCCUCCCAUCCACCCUGUCCAUCCGGAUGUGAAGAUGCGUCGACUGCCCUUCUACGACGUUUACGACGAACUCAUCAAACCCACCACUUUGGCUUCGGUGAACAGCCAGAGAUUCGAGGAAGCCCAUUUCACCUUCGCUCUCACUCCUCAGCAGGUGCAACAGAUUCUUACUUCCAGAGAUAUCUUACCUGGUGCCAAAUGUGAUUAUACUGUACAGGUGCAAUUGAGGUUUUGUUUAUGUGAAACCAGCUGCCCGCAGGAAGAUUACUUCCCUCCCAAUUUGUUUGUUAAAAUCAACGGGAAGCUUUGCCCUCUGCCCGGUUACCUCCCUCCCACCAAAAAUGGCGCAGAACCCAAGCGACCGAGUCGACCAAUCAACAUCACGCCUUUGGUGCGCCUUUCAGCCACAGUCCCCAACACCAUUGUGGUCAACUGGUCAUCUGAGUUUGGCAGGAAUUACUCCCUCUCCGUUUACCUGGUGAAGCAGCUGACCUCGGUAACGUUGCUGCAGAAGUUGAGGGCCAAGGGCAUCCGGAACCCUGAUCACUCCCGAGCACUGAUCAAAGAAAAACUGACAGCUGAUCCUGACAGUGAAAUCGCCACCACAAGUUUGCGAGUGUCCCUCAUGUGUCCGCUGGGCAAGAUGCGGCUGAUCGUUCCCUGUCGUGCCUUUACCUGCACCCACCUGCAGUGCUUCGACGCCGCCCUGUACCUUCAGAUGAACGAGAAGAAGCCAACCUGGACGUGCCCCGUCUGUGAUAAGAAGGCUCCCUAUGAGGGCUUGAUCAUUGAUGGGCUGUUCAUGGAGAUCCUGAACUCUGUUACGGACUGCGAUGAGAUCCAGUUCAUGGAAGACGGGUCUUGGUGCCCCAUGAAGCCCAAGAAAGAGAACCAGGAGGUUUGCCAGCCGUCUGCUUACAAUGGACUGGAAGCCUCCCUGUACACAGUAAGCUCGGAUGGAAAGCAGCUGCCCGACAACAAGAAGAAGGUGGAGGUGAUUGACCUGACCUUGGACAGCUCUUCAGAUGAGGAGGAACCCCCUGCCAAGAAAGUGUGUCCUGUCGCCAUCGCAGCCAUCCCGCCGGCACCCGGACCAAAAGGGAUUUUAAAUACAGACCACCAGCCUUCCUCGGUGCUGCGGAGUCCUCCAAUGUCCGGAGUGGGCAGCGAUUACCUCUCCAGCCUCCCGCUGUCCGACUACCACCCUUCUUAUUCGGUCCCUUCAGACAUCCAAGGUCUGGAUUUGUUUUCCUUCCUUCAAAGUGAAAAUCAGCAUUACAGCCCUUCCGUGAUCACCUCCCUGGAUGAACAGGAUUCCCUGAGCCAUUUUUUCCAGUAUCGGGGGCCCUCCCCACAUUUCAUGAGCCCCCUGGCUCCGAUCAUGGUGGGGUCACACAGCGGGGUCGGCUCCCCCACUGGGAGCCGCAUGAACAGUGUGGUGUCUUCACCCACGGCCAGCUUGCGGGAGAGCCACGGCGCCAUGGGCAGCAGCCCAGCUCUGCCGGGAUGUCGGCCGGACAUCAUCUCUCUGGACUAAAGGGGGAGACGCCCCUUUGGGGGGGGAGACUUCAUUCCUCUCUGGAGGAAGGCAGAAAUUUCAGCCAUAUGUCAGCAGCUGAAGAGGACACAGGCGGCAGAGCGUUUCAUGGGUGCCACCGUCUUAUGGAAAAACAUGGCAUUUUUUUUAAAGCUGGAAACACUCCCAGAAGCCAAGCUCCCAGUCCCUGGCAAUCACAGAGGGAUCCAUCUCUGAAUCAGAGGAAUCACCCAGCUAAAUUUGGAUCAUGGGAUCCUUAAGCCAGCGAGGGACUAAAGGGGGCGUUCAACGGCCCACUCUAAUCUGUCCCAAGUUACAGAAAAAUCAUGGAAUUUUGUUCUUAGCUGAUGGAAACCCAGGUUUAAGGUGGGCUGGGUUGGAUGGAGUGCAGCAAGAGGAGACCCUCAGGAGCAUUGGAAAUUCAGCAUGGCUCGAACUCAGAACAGGUUGCCAGGACCGCACGGGUUCAAGCUUGGCACAAGAUUUGUUGAAUCAAGAGUCUCCUGGCCAACUCCACAUUUAAGCUCCACGUUUGAGGUUUGAAGGUUAAAAUAUUUUGAAUUGAGAAUGUUUUUUUUUUUUUCAGGACCACAGAAACCGGCUCUUUCUUUGUAUUAAAACAAAAAAAUAAUAAUCUUUUUUUAAGGAUCCUGGCUAGACCAGUUGAGGCCCAAGUGAAUGUUUGCAGGUUCUUGGAUUUUCAGAACUCCGUUGUGGGCAAGGAGCACUCAACACAUGCAUGGAAAGAGCUCUGGGCCAACUUUCCAACCAAAUGUUGUGUGUGUUUUUUUCCCCUUUCCCUAAAUGUAUAUUUUCUAUACUUAUAAAAGACAGCAGCUUCUUUAGAGGUUCAAAGGCAUAACAAGGGAACUGUUUUCUGUUACUCCCCGUUCUCUCUCUCUCUCUCUCUCUCUUUUUUUUACAGUAUACUAUGAUUUAGCCUUGGCUGGGUCCUCACACUGGGCUAAGCCAUAGAGGGCUUUUGGUUCUCAGUGAUGCAGGAUUAUUGCCUACUAUGAGACAGGCAAUUGGGGUUUUGUCCAACAAACCACAAUUAUAACAAAUGGUGGUUUCUUUACAACGCUGGGGAAGGCCAUGGUCAGCAGGAGGCACUGAGGCUGCCUAACCACGGCAUUGCCAGGCUUCAGAUAAUACUGAGUUGGUGGGAUCCGGCUAGCUUUUUGAGAGCCACGGGCUUCCAAAAAGGGGAACAAAAGCUAAUUUGAAUUUUGUUUUAGUUUUAGUUUUUAAAAAAUUAAAUUUAUUCCCGCCCACGUCAACGUUUUUCUGCCAGAACUUGGGGUUGAAACGUUUGAGGAUCCUGGCUGCACCUUCGGUGGGUUCAUCUGAGGAGAAGGUAAACGUUGUAAGGUAAACGUUGCAAGAAGCAUCUAAUUUGCUAAGGAAUGGUGUUAACCUUUGAGGAAUCCUUGGGAGGAAUUCCCACAGGCAG